AUGUCGCUCGCUACCAUCGGCAGAAAGCACUAUGUGAGCCAGAGUGCUCUGGAGGCAGUACUGAAGGAAGUUGCUGCAUGCCCUGAAGUCCUUGACUCAGCCUCCCGGCGAGGCAUCAAAAGGGCACGGGAUUCCGAGCUGGAGGCAGAGACUCCUCAUGGCCCUUUGGUGGCCAAGAUUACAGUACCUGUGGAGGUGAAGAGCCGAAAGGCAGCUGGAGACGAGGAGGUGAAGAUCGUGCCGACAGAGCUGCCGAUCCUCAACCUGAUGGCAUGGAUAUGGCAUGUUUGCCAGUCCAUGCCUGGUGUAGCUGCCUUUUUCCAAAGGCAGCUAUCGAAGUACCCGUGCACAGCAACCAGCCCAUGGCGCAUGGCUUUAUACAAUGAUGAGAUUAGUCCUGGCAACCAGCUAAAAGCCAGCAACACCAGGAAGAUCCAAGGGUACUACCUCAGUUUUCUCGAGUUUGAUGCUGAAGGCCGAUGCCAAGAAAACCUUUGGUUUCCUUUGAACUUGACUCGGUCUUCGGUGGUGAACAAGAUCCAAGGCGGGCUGUCUGCACUCACCCACAUUCUGGUCUCCUCGGAAUCGUUCCUGAACCUCCAGUCGGGCUGUUUGCUGAACAUGCCAACCGGGGAACGGGUCAUGUUCUUCGCGAAACUGCAUACUGUAGUUGCAGACGAGGCAGCUUUGAAGUCUAUGUACGACUUCAAGGGCUCCAGUGGGACUUUGGUUUGCCCGCUAUGUGCCAACAUAACAAGCAAGACCCACGGUGAUCUGCCAGCAAAUGACCACUCGGGAGAAUUGCAUGACAUAUCAUGCAUCGACAGCAAUCUGUUUGUCCGCAGAACCGACAAUCAGAUCUUCACUGCACAGGCACUGCUGGCGAGAAGGCAACCCAUGCUGAGCAAAAAGGAUUUUGCCUUGCUGGAGUCCAGCAUGGGGUUGAACUUUAACCCAUCUGGAGUGCUUGCUCACAAAAGCAUGCCGCUUGUGAAAUGCUUGAUGUGGGAUUGGAUGCAUUGUUAUGUGGUAAGCGGCCUCCUGCACGUGGAAUUGAGCUUACUCUUGCCACUCUUGCAUGUGCAGGGUGCAACAUUUCAGGUGAUCCAGAGCUUUAUCUCAGAGUACGAAUGGCCUCACAACCUGAAGAACCGGAGAAGAGAAAUCUUGCAUUUGUUCGACAAAAGGAGCAAACCUUCUGAGUUCAAGGCCGGUGCUUCGCAGUGCAUCACUGUCUAUCCCUUGCUGCGGCUUUUCUUGCUGACUCAUCACUUUGACACAAUGGACGACGAACUUCGGCCUCUGAUUUCCUGUUUUACACACGAACGAAAGCAUCGGCAAGUGAAGCAGUUUGCUGACAACACGAAGAAAGUGACCGACUGGUUCGAAGCUUCACUCUUUAAAGAUGUUUUGGGCAGGGCUCUUCUGGAUCUGUCUGAGCAUGCUGGCUUCAUGCGGCCCCAUUUGAAGUCCCCCAAGUCUGUCACUGAUGGCACUUUGCUGUGGCACCUGGGGCAGACAUUCGGGUUUCAGACUCUUGAGCAUGUGCAGUCGGCCAUGCAGGCCGAGGUCUGCCCAGGACAGACUUGCGAGAGGGGUGACCUGGUGCUGCUUAAGACGGGGUCCGUUGCAGAGGUGUGGUUGUUUUGCCGGUUGCAGCAUGGCGAGCUCCUGGCUCUGUUGAGUGUGCUUGAGCCACAAGGGAAGAAUCUCUUCCGGGUCAAGCAGGACGGAGCCCAGUUCAUGCGAGUGGCCGAGAUCAGUCGAACCUGCCUCUUCAAACGCAUGAGUGCAGACAGCAUGCUGGUCGUGCCAUAA